AUGGAAGCAGAGGUGUUGAACCCCCAGAUGAUGGCAGACGUCAAUGGCAACAAUAAAAUCACCAACGCGGAGCUGGAGGUGUUAAAGCUUCAGGAAUUGGUCCGAAAAUUAGAGAAGCAAAACGAACAAUUGCGGACUCGAGCGAACGCUGUAAACAAUUGCUCCAUCGGCCCUCAUGCCCAGACCUCGCUGUCGUGUCUGCACGGGGGUACAGCUUGUCCGACUGACACUUUCUCCAGCAAAUAUAGCAUUUUGAGUCCGACUCAGUCGCAUCCGUGUUCCCAUGGACUCCGGGGAUCAACGGAGGAGCCGUUCGCCUAUUUCCAGCCGAGUUCGGUGUCUCCUGACGCGGUUGGGGAGGACAGCGGCGCCGCUGGACCCGCGACUGUUUUGGAUGAGGUUGAUGUUUUGGACCUCAACACCGUGCUCCCUGUCGGAGAGCCUGAGAGUUGGCUAUAUGUGAGUCCCAAAGCCAAGCUGCAGGGUGAGUGUGUCCUCAGCUCUCUCCAGUGGUGCAGGCAGGUACUGGACCACCCGGGGCCCGAGGUGGAGCUGGCUAAGAUGACCCUCUGUCACAGACUGGACCAAGCUAAGAGGUGGAGAGGAGUGUCCUCUGUCCGCCCAUACAGCUGCAUAGAGGGACUUAAUACCCUCAGCUGUCCUGUCCUGCCUUACACUAAACCUGCUGCACUAACCGAAUCCCCAGCUCCAAUGACGUCAUCUGGUCAGUCUUUGCUCCACUCGACCCCACUCAGGGCCAGCUGCAGCUUCAGUGACAGAGCGCCCACCUUCCUAUCAAACUCAAAUCUCCACAACAUUGGUCGCCGGCAUGCAGCAAUCAGCCCCCAGUCUUCCGUGGACAGUGAGGUUGGUGUUUCUGAACUGGAAGAUGACACCAUCUCUAUGGGAUACAAACUGCAGGACAUGACAGAUGUGGAGGUCAUGGCACGACUUCAGGAGGAGAGUCUCCGACAGGACUACGCCUCUACCUCUACCUCUACCACAGCCAGUCGCCGCAGCUCCAGCUUCUCCAUACACUCUCUCAGGCGCAGUGAGAUGGAUCUCGAGGAGGAGGACGAGGAAGAUGAGGGGUACGACCAGCUCCCUCCUCCCCAGCCUCGAUUGUUCCGCACAGGGUCUAUGCAGCGGGGCAGCUUGCCCCACUCUCACACCUUCUCCAGUAUCAGAGACUGCAGACGCAGCUCAAUCACCCCACAGUAUUCACUCAGUGGACUCUCCCAGUACUCUGGGAACUCCUGCCUGACCACAGAGACACACACAGUAUACAGGAAUAGCACAGACAAGCUACGGAGAAGCAUGCCCAACCUGAUUAGAGCUCCCAGCAUGCCAAGUGUUCCCAGUGUUCCAUGCCUGGUGUCCCCUGUCAACCCACCCUCCCACGGUCCUUCCUCCUUGCCAAUGAUGUCCUCCCUCCGGAGCAGCCAGAGCUUUGACUCGUCCAAUGGGCUCGCAAGACUCCAGUCCUCGAUUCCUCCACCAGGCCAGCUCAGUCAGCGCGUCCAGAGUGUGGGCAAUUUCCCCACUAUUCCUCGACACCCACUAAAAGCCACAGCUUACGUAAGCCCCACAGUCCUGCAGGGUCCCACCUCCACCUCCCUGUCCACCUCUGCCAGUCUACACUCCAUCCCCAGCAGUGCUGCACUGCCUCAGCCCCUCAAACCCAGCAAUAGUUUGGUACCUCAGCUACUAAAAGCCAACACCAACCAGUCGGCUGUUCCCCGCAGCUCACUUCCUCGCCCAGCCUCCUUUGUAGGAAUCAGUGGAGCUCAACGGCCGAGCAAAAUCACUCAACCCACACGCAGUUUGCUGACUCCCCCAAAGAGCCUGGCCUCCCUGAGUGCCCUGAGGGACGGCAGCUGGAAAGAUGGCUGCUACUAA